AUGGUUAAAGGCCGGAUAUUCGUCAUUGAGACGUGCGAGUCUCUACAGCGGCUUGAUGCGCAUGCAACUGUGCAAGCCGCCAAUUUAAAGGCCGUCUAUGUGGACUCAGAUCAGUAUCCCACUGUUUCGCAUACUUCUUUGAUUGUGCCGACCGGGUGGAAACAAGUGGCUGUCUACACAGAUCAGGACCUCGUCACUCGUAAGGUGUUUCAGGUCGAUCCAACGAGCACACUCUUCUCAUCAAAUCAUAGCUCCAGUGCCAGUGUAUUUGAAGAAAACGAGCUGUUCAUGUCCACCAUGAGUUCUCUUAGCGAAGGACAUUGGAUGUCAGACGUGAAUUCCUUGGUGCUUGACGCUCCCUCUAAUCCAGCGGCAUCUGCGUCUGGCAACAUCCCGGACCGAACCACUUUCCUUGACUCGGAGGUGAUCCCUAGUACCAUUGCCGCAACGAAUAACACUCUUUCUCCGACUCAUUACCAGCAGGGUGCAGUAUAUGUGUCGUGCAGUCCGCAAAUCUUCACAAAGGGUAUUACAUAUGACCACGAUUUUCUGCAAAAGCACUUUUGCAAUGCUUAUGUCACGAUCAGCGACGCCAAAAUUUUGGCUAAAAAUUAUCUCUGCUCCCGCCCUCAUGUUCCUAUUGGCCAAUUCAAGACGUACUGUACGCAGGCCAUCGUCGAGAUGUUGACUGUUGCUGCCAGCGUCGGUCAAGCAGUAGAGCUAGGGUUUCGCUGUAGUAAAACCGGUCACACCAAACAACUGAAUCUUCAGAUUGAUGCCGUCUCUCUUGUAUCCAAUGAACGGAAAGCAUUCAUGAAGUCUAUAAAAACUUUUGCGAUCUCCUUCGUCGACUACCCAGACAGAGAGCGUUUGGGCGGAUAUAAUAUCCAGAACAUCGAUGUGACAACAACUGAAUACAUCAAGAUGCUCACCGGCUUGACAAGUGCGAACAGUGUUGUCACUUCGAUCGCAUUUACAUGUGACAAUCAAGGGAGGCCAUACUGUCGGUGGAUUAUCAUUGUGUUACUCACACAUCGUCUGUUGCGACCCAUUCAAAACCGUAGUGAUUCGUUGCUUGAUCUGUUCCUGGAUGAUUACCAUACCUUUCUGGAACACCUUCUCUCUUUGGUGAUGGUGCUCAGAACCCGCUUCCCUGGUGAAGUUCCGAACAAUUUUGCCAAGGAGGCGUUCAUGGACGAGGAGGCUCGACAACUGGCCCUCUUCAGGUCAUUCCGUAACAGUGGGGUCCCACAAGCCAUUGAACUGAACACCUGGCUCACAACACCCAAUGGCUGGCGUCAUGACCUGUGA